GUCACUCAGUUGGUUUCGCUCGUUGCUGAGAAAGAGUGUUCGUUGUACACCGCUUAGAAAGAUAUGACAAUUAAAAUUGUGACUUAGUUAUACGUUGAUUUCACUUUCUUACAAGGCUGUUGUUUUUGUGCUUUUGUUUUCGAAUAAAAUGAUGUUUAAGUGUUUUGUAAUUAUCGCCGCUGCCGUUGCAGUAGUUGCAGCAAAAGUUUCUCCAAAAGUUAAAUGUACUCCAUCACAGAUGCGCUUGGAAGUACCAAUUUCUUCAACUACAAUGUCGGUAUAUAUUCAAGGUUUAAGAGAUUAUCCCGAUCCGGCAUGCAGACCUCAUACCGACUCAACAGGAUCCUUGGCCGUCCUUGAACUCGAUUUACAGGAUGUCUACCGAUGUGCUGUUACCAGAGCUAUUAAUAAACAAACGGGUAAACAAAUUUAUUAUCAAACACUGAUCAUAGAAAAUGCUGAGGAGGAUGGACAUGUUAUCAAAGAAAAUCUUCACGUCAAGUGCUCGAUAUUUUCGAUCAAAAAUCAUACAUUAACGAAAAGAAAUGUUUUGCCUGCAGAUUUCCAAGAACCAGAAGAAAUAGAAAUAUUGACAACGAACGAAACAAUUGGUAGAGCUCCGGAACCAAUUUUAGGGGUAGGUGUAAGGCAGGCCGGUAAGUUGGUAACUGGAGAACUGAACGUAUCACCUGGAACCCCCCUUCAAAUGGAAAUUUUCUUAGAUAAUGUAUCAGCUAAAGUGUAUGGACUUUUAGUUACACAUAUGCAAGUGACUGAUACAAAAUCUCAAGAGGAAACAAUUAUUUAUAACGGCUGCUCCAUUGAUCCGUACCUAUUCGAAAACUUCAAUACCGUCGACGGAGAUUUUUUGUCAGCUAAAUUCAGAGCAUUCAAAUUUCCGGAAUCAACGUAUGUACAGUUCAAAGGGACAGUGAAUGUUUGCCUGGAUAAAUGCAAAGGGGUGGAAUGCAGUGAUGGUCAAAUCGGUUACGGAAGGAGAAAACGAGCAAUUUCAGAACUACCCGCAGAUCCUAAUAAAGUUUUCGAAAUAACUAUUACCUCUUUCAUUAAAGUAGGAUCGGAAAAUAUUGUAAAUGUUUCGAAUGGAGAAAAAACUUACAAUAAUAAAAAGUUUAUUGUCGGAAAUAAAAUGACAGAAAGGGAUAUUAUUGAUGAUAAAGAUUUCUUUAGAGAGGAUCCAGUUCGAGAAGUACUUGAAUUAAAAGAAGAAGAAAAAUAUACCUCCAUUGUAGCAGACAGUGGUUCCUCCUCACUACAUUUCGCUUUUUCCAUUUUAUUCAUAAGCAUCACCCAAUUACUUGUGUACAUACUAUAAAUUUAUACAGGCUCAAAAAAAUCAUUUUAAUCCUAACUAAAAAAUAUUGUACAUAUGUCUGUGAUAAUGUUCUGAAAAACGGUGUGAGAGUGAUUUAGUCUAGUCUACAAAUUCAAAUGUUUAUGUAAUAGGAUGUCAACUAUUACUAAAAUUAUGUCGAUUAGCUCAUAAAUAUUUCAAAAGUUUAUAAGCAAUUUUGCUCGUAGAGUAUAGAUAUUUUCCAAUUUUUGAAAAAUAUCGUUAAAGAUAACGAAAUUUACUUAAAAAAAGUUUCAAGUCCUGAAACUCUACCUACAUUAUUCAUAAUUUUAAUUUAACCCUGAAAAUAGCACUCCGCGCGCUAUUGUUAGGUUGCGCACACCUCCUCGAAAAAAUUUAAAAAAUAGUAAGAUACUUGCUUAAAGUGAUUUCGAAAAUCUAAAAGUAUGGUAUAAUUAAAGAAUGUCGUGCGAAUGUCCAUUUCUAGUGUUGAAUAAAAAUUAUAAAUAAUGAAGGUACAGUUCCGAAAAAUAAAAACUUUUAGUAUCUUAUUCUAAAAAUUUGAAAAUAUUUACACUUUAUGAAUUGUAAGUGAAAAACCAAACACUAUUUUUUAAGGUGUUUAAUCGCUUAUAGCUUCUGAAAUCUUAAGGACUAAUAAUUUUUUACGCAUCCUCAAAUAAGUUAAUCCGAAUAAUUUUAGUAAUAGUUUGUCGAAUUGACAUAGAUGUGAAGUUGUAGACUACUCUAAUUUUUGAGGUAGCAGGAAAAAUAUUUAUCGAAAUCUGAAAGAAUAUCGUGAGACAAAAUUGUCACAAUAUUUUUGCCAAUCAAUUCCAAUUAGCGAUCAAAUUAACCCAACUGCUUUAUGACAGUUUUCAAAUAUUAGUAUUAACAAAAUUAUAUUCAGUUACAAGCAUAUCCAAGUACCUAAUGUUCACGAGAGUGUUUCUGGAGAGAAAUACAUAAAAUCGAAAUAUAUUGUCUAGGCGCGAACCGGUAUUAGUUGAAGAAAUUAAAAACAAAAAGUCCAGUAACGUUCGUAGAAGUACAAUGUAGAUUACUGAUAAUUUUAUUCAAUUAAACCAAGAAUUCAUUUUAGUCAUCAUAGAUUUUUCAAGAAUAUUCUAAAUUUUAAUAUGGUAAUAAUUUGGAAAAUCCAAAAGGUAUACUCAUUCAAUUGAAUUUUUUCGUAUGUUUCAAUUGAUAUUUUAUAACAGACUUCUGGAUUGGAAAAUUCUUUCUCAACAACCCUUUUUAUCGAGGUUGGUAAGGUCAAGAAUAUUCCUUACAAAUUCAUAUUCUAGGCAGAGAUAAAAUAUAAUCAUCAAAACUAAAUUUGAGAACAUAAUAUGAGUUUGUGUAAGAAAAACAAGAGUUCUUCAUCGGAAGAAAAUUCAUUAAAAUCCAUGAGUUAGGGGGAAACUAUUGAAGAUAUCAAAUAUAGGUUAUCUUUUGAAAUUACUUGUUUAAUACAAUCUCUCUAAACAAAUUUAUGGUCUUCAUUGAACACAGAUUUGAGUUAACCAUAAUUUAAAAGUAGUUCUUUUGAUUUAACUCAAAUAUAUUUUAUGGAGUUGAAUAAUAAAAUUGUAACCGGAGAAUUGUGGCACCAAACUCUUUUUAAAGGCCGCUUGUUUUACGAGCGAACAAGCGGCCUUUAUAAAGCUCUUCUAAAAUAUAGCAUUGAAUGAUUUUGAUUAACUGUUCAUAUGUCGCUUUUAGACGUAUAUAUAAAUAUUUGCAAAUCAUGGAACUUAAAUUUUUGGUUUGAUUGUUAGGUAGUUUCGUCAUCAGUGGCGAAUAGUAUAAAAAAUCGUUCAUAACAAUGAUUGAUUUGGCUGGUUUAUUCGUACAUUAAGUAGAAGUUGAUCAAGUAACCACUUUUCAAAUAAUGGAGUAGUCAUGUCCUCGUGGCAAAUUCAAAAUUGUCAUUUUAUGCAGCUAUGAAAAAAAAAAUGUUUUUUCAAUACCUUAUAAAUGUUGCACCCCCUCUGAUUACAAUUUAUGCAGUCUCUUAGCAUCGACAAAAAAAGCCCUUUUCUGCAUAUGCACUAGAAAGAAUUAAGGAUGAUGCAUUUCUAAAACAUAAUUUUUUUACAUAGGAUUAAAGCUCCAAUUCACUGUUUUUGAAUCUUAUUUCGUUAUCAAAUUUAUCGACAUUUAAUUGGAAUAGCGUGCAUGUUGGAGCGACUAUUUCUCUUCGUGUGAUUAUUUCCUAUGGGAUCAAAACCAAAUUUUAGUACUUUAAACAGUUUAAACGUUGAACAUUAAACAUUCAUAUGUAUUAAAAAACUUUUCCUAGCAAAAAAUAUUGUCUUGAUUAUAAAGCUGUAUAUUGAAUUUUUUUCAAAUCAUCUAUGAUAACCAAGUAUGUAUACGGAAUAUUCGCUUAUCAAUACGUUGUAACUAAGCGAAAUACUUCAGUAUUUCAUUACUUCUUCUAGUGUUCAAAAUAAUUCAAUAUCCGUUCAUCAUUUGUUAUCUUCUUUACAAAUAACAGAUAUAGUUGAUGUUCUCUUUUACAAGUCCAUUCUCUAAUUAAUUAUUAUACUACCAAUAGGAAUUUCGAAGGCUGCGACUCUCCUUUUUUUCUAAAUGUGUGGCUCAAUCUUUAUUGCAUAUAAUGAAAAGGUACCAUUCCAAUUUAUCUGACUUAAUAAUAUAUUUACUUCUCCAACUUCGUUUUAUUUUUCCACCUGUCGGCUGAGGAAGGUAUUUGAAUUAUAAUGUCCAUUAAAGUAAGUAAGGGUAGAAAAAGAUCGCAAAAUUCCAAGUCUUACGUCUUAUAUCGGUGAACAUAAAUAUUUUCCUCUUCCUCAUAUAUGUUAGCAUGCUAGAAAAUAAUUUUUAUGAUAAUCAAAACUGCCAACUAGUUUUUACUAAUAAAUAAUAUUUCAAACAAGCUUCUGAAUAAUAUUAAUAACAAAUAUAAAAAUAAAAAUUAAGUAGGUAUUUGUAAUAGCCAAUUUUAUGUCGUUACCGUUUCCUUGAAAGAAAUAACUGUAAUAUAGGCAGGAAUAAAGCUAUUCCUACGUAGCUAUGAUGGUAACUUAGAAUGAUUUAGAAUAUAUAUUAAGGAAGAAUUUGCAUCAUAUUUCUUCAAUUUCAGAUAUUGGUAAUUUACUACAUAAAUAAUUUUCAUUUAGUUAUCUUAGACAGUAUCAAACCAUGUAACUGAAUAUAGAGUCUAGGCAGCGGGGAAGGGUGAAAAAAUUUCCUAUUUCUUAUGUACUAUUUAUAUACAAAACAGAAUAAUGUAAUAUAAAAAAAUAUAAAAUAUAAAACAAAUAAUUUAGAACAAUGAAUGAAGACCCCACAUGAGUAGAAAGGACUACUUAUUUCCACGCUUCAAAAUUUCAUUGAUACUUGUGCAAACAUUUUAUUCUGCACGAGGGGUUAUAAUAAAUAAAUCUCACCUGACAUUUUCUAUUUUUAUUUCUUAGACCUUUUGAUAUGUUUAUGUUUCUAAAUGUUCUUGAUUUUAGGUCUCUUCUGUUUCAAUCUCUUCUGUUUGUUUAAUAAUUUUCAAAAGAUAUAUAAAAAUUGACAUUUCGAAUAAUUUUAAGUCCUCAUCAAAAUAUCUUUUAAUAUAUCCUCGCUUCCAGAUUUUCACCCUCAUCGUCCUUGAUAACCACCCCAAUAUAUACAUAACUUCGAACUUGUUUUCUUAGCUCAUUGCCUUCUCUUCGAUUCACUGUCUAUGCCAUUUCUAUGAAGGCUCUGCAGGUUUCCUUAAGUCCGUUUUCCGAUGUUGAAAGGAUUACUACAUCGUCUGCGUAUGCCAGAAGUUGCAUUGUACUUGUUUUUAGUGUCCUUGUUCCAUUCGAACCGAUUUCACUCACUAUCUAUUCUAAUACUAUAUUGAACAGCGUAGUGGAUAAAGGAUCUCCCUGUUUUAGUUCUGUGUUGGUCUGGAAACAUUUUGAUAUUCUUUGAUUUGCCUUAAUCUUAGUUUUUGUAUGUUCGAGUGUCAUUUUCGUAAGACUUAUGAACUUUUUUGGAAUAGUAAGAUCGUUCAUAAUGCUGUACAAAUGGUUCCUGUUAAUCGUAAGCUUUUUUGAAAUCUAUGAAGACUGAAUAAAUUGUCAGAUCGUAUUCAUACUCCAUUCUUCCAGAUCUGAACCCGCAUUGGUAGCCUCCGAACAAGUUUUCUCCAUAUACUCUCAAACUAAUUCUUGAUGAAUCGUCUUUAGAUCUCUUUUAUUAGAAAAUUAGUUUCAUAAAGGUAAAAAUCGACCUAUUUCGGUCUUUAUCAAAAUAAGAUUUUCAGAAAUUAUACACAUACGCAGAAAUGAGAAAGCAGUCAAUGAUAAAAAAGACCGAAAUAAUUGGAGUGAAAUUUAUAGUUUUACUUUAUGAAUUUCAGUGCAAUUACGAAUAUUUUCUUUGGUUAAAUCAGAUUUUUUGUCAAUAUUUAUGAUGUAGGUGAUCUAUUGCUUGAUAUAAAGAAAUCUAGCGAGGAUAAUUUAUAUCAACAAAUGAUUUUCAUCGACUCCUGGUGCGCUAUACAAUACCCAACUACCCCUGAGUCUAGGUACAAAACAAUUAACUCUAUAUGUGAAAAAAUGUAUACUCUCUCAAGUAUCACAAGGGACAUUGAGGAAAUAUUCCUCCAGCAUAUAAACGGAAUUUGAGAAUACGUUACUUCUUACAAAUGCUGCUUGUUGAUUUUUCUAUUUAAUGAUUCUAUAUGGUAUUUAUCAACUGUUAUUCUCUUGGGACGAUAAAAAAAUCCUUCAUAUUUUGUCUCAACAGUUACCUACACAUAACAAUUAUUGAAAAAUUCCAAAGUGAAAUCAAAAUCAAUACACAAUACCCCAAAUUAGUGUAACGUGAAAUGUUAGUGCAGCUCAGUCAAUCAAUUUUAAUAAGAAAUCAAAGAGAUUGAUAAUAAUAGUUAAUUUGAUUGAACGAAUUAAAUAAUCUCAAAAUAUUUAUAUUUUACUGAGGAAUAAAUUAUUUUUUUAUAUGAUUCAAAAAUGACGUUUCGAAUUUUCUUUUGUAAAUACAUACCUACUACAAUUUUUUUCCAUUUCAUUCGUUUAUUUGGAAAACCUAAUUAAAACAGUAACCACCCAUUCACAACUGAUUAUUAAUAAUACGAAACUAAUGUAUAUAAAUUAUUAUAUGGGUGAAGUGGGGUAAUUGCGUCUAGAAAAGGCUUUGUUUCAAUUCCAAUACUAUUCAAAUUUUCUAUACAUGCCUAGGUGCCUUAGCUAAUAUAAAGUAGAACAGAAUGCUCUUAAUUUAAUCCAUAAAAAUUCUUUAUGGUAAAUAGCUACAGGUUUCAUUGAUCACAUACUGCAUAUAAGAAGUCGUGCGUUGAACUUUUAGAUUGUAUCUAAAUUUGAAAUAUAUCAGCCACAUUUUUAUUUGUUUAUAUGGCAAAGUUAUAAGGCAUAAAAGAUGAAAUUUAAAAUAUCAAAAACAAAAAAUUAAAACAGUGUGGAUGUUUAUUAUUCUAAAAGUGGAGUUAAUAACAUUUGAUAGUAAAAAGUGGAUGGAUUUUUUUUUCAUUGGAUUCAAAUGCAAAUGAUAAUAAUUGUAAAACCAUCUUGUAAGCAAAUAAUAUGAAUAAUAUAUGAAUUAUUAAUUGUGUGGUAGCAGUCUAAAUUAUAGCUUGCGAUAUUAAUAGGAAAUUAUAAAUAUAGAAUAGAUACAAUCGAAUCCUCGGUAAUGUCUGGAACAGAUUUGACUACGUAAACAAAUGUUUAAUAGAAGAGUUUAUUGUUCUCAAUGUUCUAACAAAUUUCUUAUAAUGUAAUAUUUGACAGUUUUUUCAAUUUGAUCAGUAGCCGAUCGCAUAUCCUCCGCUCGUUUAAAUUAAGUAUUCAACUUUUUCUUCUUUACCAAUGUUUUUAUAGCUCAAAAUCUCAGAAUCAUAAAGUAUGAAAUUUUCCUCAUGAUUAGAUCUUCUUUCUUCAAAGUAUUUCUUCAAAGGAAACUACUGCCCCCUUCCAUUUUCAUUUAGAGAAUUUGAGGUACUUGUGAAAUGUGAACCAAGAAUUUGAUUUUUUAGCAGUUUUUUGGUCUAGGUGCGAAUUAAUUGCUUAUUGGUAGCUCCAGCAUCAUAUACAUCGAAUAUUAUUUGGAAUUGUAGGGAUGUAUUUCUCCUUUUAGUCCUUUUUCAAAUUCUUUAAUAAAAAGCUUUGGAUUUCCCAUAUCUUCUACGCGCCUUAACCUUCCAGGAAUAUUGCGUUUGAGUAAAGUUUUACCCAAACGCCUUCCUGGUAUUAGAACUAUAUUCCAUCUCAAAAUAAUUUUAUGGACGUGGAAAGUGCUGAGUUAAGGGGCUUUAAAAGAUUGUUGCUGUACAGAGGUAGUUAAAUAAUUGUAAUAUUAUUCUUUACAGCUUCUUAAAUCAUUUCGUAUCUCGUAAUCCCUAGGUUUGGAAUAAAUGAUUGUAUUGAAUAAUAUGUAAUUUUGGAAUAAAUGAUUUUAUUGAAUAAUUUGUAAAAACAAAUGUUUCCAUCCAUCCGUUUUUCGGUCCCAGAGUAGUAAGUGCCGGGAUAGUGCUUACCUUCAUCGGCCAUCUACGUGUCCAACACAUGUUUUUCAUUGUAAAUAAGUGAGAAGGGAGCUUCAGUACGGUAAAAACUGUAGCCAAUGAUACACUAGUAUUUAACUCUCCAGAUCAGGCUAUUAACUUGGUAGACGUAGCCUCUUUUUACGGGCCACUUUAACCUUGGACAGAUCGCUACAUAAACUGUUGGUAAUCUGAUUUGGGCUGUUGAAUAGGUUCAAUUCUACUGUUGUGUGUUUAAGAAGAUCGGAAUACUAAUUUAUUACAAAUGGAUCGGUGUUUUUCCCUCGCAUAUGCUAGUGCUAAGGCUUCUUUAUUGAUAGAUUAUGCCUUUAUUUCAGAAACCAGUUCUCUCCAGAUGUGUUGUCUUUGGAAGAAUUUGGUAUUUUGACCAGUUUCAGUCAAAACAAUAAAAUACAUCGAAAUGAUUCUUCAACCUAUUUGAAGGAAUUAGCUUUAUCUUUAUAAGCUUUUGACCCCUAAUCUUAAUUUGAAGUAAUCCCAUAUUGCUUCGGGGUAUUUUAAAUAUCUUACUAGCUCCUAACGUAUCCAUUUGUUCAUUUUUCAUUGCUUCUAUCGCAUUUGUCAAAUCUUUCGAAUAAGUGUCUGCAUCACUAGGUGCACUUUUCUCAGCUGUAUAAGAGGUACUUGUUUCGACAAUCAUUACCGGGGCAUCGAACAUCUACUUUCUCCAUCGGGAUACAAAUGAGAAAAGACCAAUAUUUCAGGUAAAACAUUAUUAAAUUACCCAAAUAUUGUUAGAGAUUCCGAUUUCGUAUAAACUUGAGUAAUACGUAUUUAUUGGUAGAGUUCACUAAGCACGUGCCAACUUACGUCUGGCGGAGUCUAAACGGCGAAUAAAAGUGGCCGUUCAGGCACUUAGAGCCAGAACUAUUUAUUGCUUAUAAGUAAAUAUUACCAAAAAUAUUGUACUACGCACUUACCCCACUUGACCCUAUAUCUUUAUUGUUUGUUUACAACAGAAUAUUGGAAUAGAAAUAAAUUAUAACUAGUCUUUAUAAGUACUCACUUGAAAAAUAUUAAAAUAUGAUAAAUU